UUAAUGUUUACGUUGGAUUUGGCGGGAUUUGCCUUGUGCAUCGUUUAAACUUGAGAGAACGGGGAAUUCAAGAGCUCAAAGAUGCCGGAGGCGGACGGGGAUCUAGCCAGGACGAGGAGCUUCCUUAAGGAGCGCCUUCAGCGGGACUACACCACACUGAGGGGCUACGCGGAGGAGCGCUCCAAUGUGCGCCAGCUGCUGCAGCGCACCGCAGAGAUGGGCGAAUCCAACUCGCUUCUGCUCAUCGGACCGCGAGGAGCAGGCAAGACCACGCUCAUCAACGCCGUGCUAACGGACCUGAUGGACAACAAGGCGUUCGUGGAUAAUACGCUGAUCGUCCACCUGGACGGGAACCUGCACACAGACGACCGCGUGGCCCUCAAGUCGAUCACCGUGCAGAUGCGGCUGGAGAAUGCCGCCGACGGCAAGGUGUUCGGAUCGUUCGCCGAGAACCUGGCCUUCCUGCUGCAGUGCCUUAAGGCGGGCGGCAAGCAGUCGAAGAGCGUGGUCUUCAUCCUUGAGGAGUUCGACCUCUUCUGCGCCCACCACAACCAGACUCUGCUCUACAACCUCUUCGACGUCUCGCAGUCCGCCCAAGCCCCCAUCUGCGUUCUGGGCGUCACCUGCCGACUGGACGUGAUCGAGCUGCUCGAGAAACGCGUCAAGUCGCGCUUCUCGCACCGGCAGGUCUUCCUGUUCCCGAACUCAGAACGCUUCGAGGAGUACGUGGCCCUCUGCCGGGAGCUUUUGUCCCUGCCCACCGGCAGUGCCUUGCAGGCGGCGUCGGGGCGUAUCAGCAGCCUUCAGAGACUACGAUCGGAGGCAGUCUGCCUCGCCAGGAACCACUUCGACCCAGGUCAGUACGCCUUCUCUCCCAGAGUGCGGGAAACCUGGAACAAGCACGUGGCCAAGGUACUGGCCUCCCAGCCGGUUCAGCGCACCCUGCAGACGCUCUACGACUUCGACAUCAGCGAGGCCUUCCUCAAGAACUUUCUGUUCCGCCUGGUGGCCCAGCUCCGACCAGAGUCCCCCCACAUCAACGCCGAGAAAAUGGUGGCCCUGGGCUCGCAGUUUGAAGGCGACGACAAGGUCGAGCUGCUUUGCGGGCUCUCCGUCCUGGAGCUGUGCCUAAUCAUCGCCAUCAAGCACCACUCGGAGAUAUACGACCGCGACCCCUUCAACUUCGAGAUCAUCUUUGCCCGCUUCUCCAAAUUCGCCAAGGUGUCCACCACGAUGCAGGGAGUGGAGCGGUCCAUCGUGCUCAAGGCCUUCGAGCACCUGCGCAUCGGGGAGCUGAUACUACCGCUCUCCGGCGGAGUCGGCGGCGGAGUAGGCAAGGUGCAGAAGGAAUUCGAGAUGCACAAGUUGGCGCUCACCUAUGGACAGAUCCAGCAGGCGGUGCAGCGCUACCAGGCGCUGCCCACGGAGGUGGCCCAGUGGUCGCAGAGCUCUCUGAUCUAGUGGCCUCUCAUCCCCCGGAUUCACCAUUUUCCUAAUCGUUGUAUUUAUUUAAUAUGUAUUUUUAAUAAAGUUCAAACUAGAAUGUAUGGGUAUCAGAAAA